AUGCGGUAUAUAUAUCAUUUUGAGGCCCCUGGAGGCCCUUGCGGGGUUCUUUUUCUGGAAUUCUGGGCCGCAUGGGUCCGAUUGCUAACGUUGGGUGUAAAUAAGAACCCGCCGUUCUUGUCCCCAGGUCUCACCCGUUUCUUUGAUGAGCUCCCGUCCGAGCAUUUUCAGGAGGAGCGAAAGAUUGCCUCUACUUAUGAGCAUCUUCACUAUCAGGCCCGUUUCGGCUCGUCCCGCCCCCGUUCUGUCGACGAUGAUACCGAGAAGGGACGUGAAUUUUCUGAGGCCCUAAAAGAUCUCAUCCGUUCGGGACUCCGUGGGCCGGAUUUUCGUGCAGGGUCUGAUGAGCUUCUGCUCGACUUGUUUCCGGACCUGGCUGGACGCUUGUCUCGGCCUUCUCUGGCACCCCUUGGUGGCCGGGUGGCUGCGACCAGAGCCGCGCCAGGCGACAAUGGUGACGGUGGGAACGAUGGUGACAUUGUAACCGUUCCCGGGCCCGUCCCUGCUGCUGCUCCGAUCGUCCAGGUCCCCGUUCCUGGCCCUAUUGCUGCUGCUGUUUCCGUUCCGGCUUUUGCGGCUCCCCCCGUUUCCAUCCCUGGGGGAUUUUCAUACAGACUUCGUUCGCACGAGGAGUCCCAGACCUUCGUGGCUAACCAGGUCGAUAAUGGGAACGGAUUGGAUGCGGCCGGGUUCCCAAUUGUGAGCCGUCUCUCCGCGAGUGAGGGAGAUAAGUUGUGGAAGCGUGUGUUUCCAGAGCGUGCUGAUGUGGGUUGGAGGGAGGGCAAAGUCCCAAAAAGCACCUCCGUGCUCCAGGUGCGGGCCGUUUUGGGCCAAUUAAUUGGCCAUGAGGCUCCUCCCGCAGCGAUGUGCGACCCCUGUGCUCGUGGCAACGGCCCGUUUGACUCCUGUCGUGUCGCCUUUCUGGCCGGUGCCGGGUUCCAGUGGGACCUUGCGUGUGCCUGCUGCCAGUAUAGUAGCGCGGCUAAUAAAUGUUCCUUCCGUACUUCUGGCAAGUUCGCCCACCCCCCACCAUGGCUGUAUAGCCUCGUGAAGCGUUACCAACCCUCGAACUUGCAAUUGCGGGACCCUGCGAUGCAAGCUCUAGCUGCCCCUAAGGAUUCGGCCCAUACGCCUGCCAAGAAAGGACCCAUUGAGGCCCGUGUGCCCUUCGCCAAGUCAACUGUGUCCGGAAAGGCUGCUGCUAACGCUCGUGUGGCCCCUACUGGUGCUGUCCCUACGCCGCAAACUCCCGUUAAAAAGCGUCAGGCUCCUAAGGAUCCAGUCGGUGACGAGAGUGCUAAGAAGAGCAAGAAGCGUAAAGGCGCAAAAGGAAAGGACCGUGCCGCCUCUGUCACCGACGUCUACAAACGGGUCCGUGAGGUGUACCACCGUGUCCUGUACGACCUUGACACUCUUAGCGACGCUAUGGUCGAGCUUGACUGGGACGUUCCGGACUCUGAUGGGGAUGAUUGUCAGGAUUCUCCUUCGAGCGAGAGUUCCGCAGAUGUCCUCAACAAGAAGAAAUAA